AUGGCAAACGUCGCAAGCACAUACUCUGAUCCCAUCCACAUUGCCGUCAUUGGCGGUACUGGUCUGCAAUCGCUGCCAGGCUUCACCCUCGCUGCCAGCUUGAACGUCGACACACCAUGGGGCACCCCUUCAUCACCCAUCAGCGUGCUGCACCACAAGUCUCCUUCGACCGGCAAAGACAUUCCCAUCGCUUUCCUGUCUCGUCACGGUCUGCACCAUGAGAUUGCUCCUCAUGAGGUCCCCGCUCGUGCCAACAUCGCCGCUCUUCGCUCGCUCGGUGUCCGUACCAUCAUCGCCUUCUCGGCUGUUGGCAGUUUGCAAGAGGAGAUCAAGCCCCGCGACUUUGUCGUGCCCGACCAGGUCAUUGACCGUACCAAGGGUAUCCGUCCCUUCACCUUCUUCGAGGAGGGUAUGGUCGGCCAUGUCGGCUUUGCCGACCCCUUCGACGAGAAGCUCGGUGCUGUUGUGAGAAAGCUUGGUCACAGCCUCGAGGGUGAAAACGUGCACCUUCACGACAAGGGCACCAUUAUCUGCAUGGAGGGCCCUCAAUUCUCCACUCGCGCAGAGUCAAACAUGUACCGCUCCUGGGGCGGCAGCGUCAUCAACAUGUCCGUCCUCCCCGAGGCCAAGCUGGCAAAGGAGGCCGAGAUUGCCUACCAGAUGAUUUGCAUGAGCACCGACUACGACUGCUGGCACAGCUCAGAGGACGUGACCGUCGAGAUGGUUAUGGGCAACAUGAAGGCCAACUCGGAGAACGCACGCCGCUUUGUUGGUGGUGUGCUCGAUGAGCUGAGCAAGGAGGAGCACACUGAUUUGAUCCUCGCCAAGCACCUCGAGGGUCAGACCAAGUUCGCUGGUGGUAUUACUGCACCUGCUGGUCGCAAGGAGGCAGCCAAGAAGAAGUUGACUUGGUUGUUCCCCGGUUACUUUGAGUAG